UUUCUUUAAAAUUUAGGUGAUGCCGAUUGUUGCAGCGCCUUCUACUCCUUGUCCAAUUGUAGCCAUCCCGGUGACAACGAACCAGGUUUAUGCUCAGCAAGCGCCACCGGUAACCUCUGUUGCUGCCACGCCACCACAGAACAAGACCUGCGAUAGUAGUGUGCUAUCGACGCCCAGCCCUCCAAGUAAUGAUGUCAGUUCCACAGACAGUCACGCCAAGGAUGGCCAAUCAUCUUUUAGGCUUUCACCACCACCAAAUCUGUCCUCAAUCUUAGAUAUAUCCCUACCAUCUGCUGAUGCCCCUGAGGACACCAGUAUUGGAGGCGAGUCACUUAUCGCCAUGGCAAUGGAUACUGCUGGUCUAACAGGAAUUGAUCAACCUUUGACAUCUGAACCUAGUGAGACAUCAACCCCAGGAAAACACGUCCAGAAUAGCCAGCAAGAAAACAGGGAAGCUGGCACCUCAACACCUCCUCCCAGUACUGUUAGUCCAACCAGCUCACCAUUUAAACAGCUAACCUCUGACUCUCAUUGGCUAAACGGUGAAACAAUGGACUUGUCGUCACUUAGUGGAUUUUUAAAUGGCAUCGAGUCACCGGAAAAGCGGGAUAAAGCGGUUCCAACACUGAACAGUAUCUGUCCUCUUCCUGUCAUGUAUUGUGAAUCUUCCAGAGACUCUAUUAUGUCAACAAGUAAUUUCCAAGUUGAAGGUACAUUACAAAGCCUUAUGAAUGAGAAUAGCAUCGACUACAUAGCCAAGUUCGCGGAUCUGGCUGCCCACAUCGAAGAGAGCAUUGAUUUACCGGGUAACCUUGGUGUUAACGAAACAGUCGCUAUGGAACCGGCAAAAGACGGCGUCCCCAAAGCACUGGACUUCAGUUCGGUAGACUUUGGUAGUGGUAAACUGAACAAUGGGCUUAAAUCUGUAUCAUAAACAAAUUAUAUCUACACUUUAUCAAAAAUACAUACCUUUAUCAUUUCUAUUCUAAAAUAAAGCAAUAUUUUGGCAUUCAUUUAAAGAAAGAGCAUAUUCAAAAUACCUAUCCUGAGUAUAAUAUACAUAUUAUAAAAGUCAGGCAGAGUGAUAUUUUGUAAUUUUUGUAAACCAAUUUUUUUAUCUAAUGGCCUGUCCAGACUAUUAUUUGUGAAAUGCCUAAUUAAUAUGGUUAUAUAGGUUCAUCAUGACUAUAUUAUUUGGUAGUAUACAAAUAUUGACUGCUCAUGAGGGGAAUGGUGAAAUCAAUUGUCCCGAGGUGAUGUGGAGACCAUAGCCUAUUAUUUUCCACAUCAUCGAGGGUGCUAUAGAUUUCAACAUUUCUUGAAUCCAGAGCAGUCAAUAUACCUUGUACUGUACAUAGAUUCUACGAGGCCUUAAAAAGGUAAUGAAAAGAAUACCCACCAAGUAGGCCUAAGCUUACUUCAUAGGCCUAGGUGAUCAAAGGGCUAAUCUCUCUCAGCAUCGUAGAGGUCACGUCGCUGUUUCCGUACAUUGGCGGGUUGCGUGUCAUAAAUUGUAACCUUAUAUGUGGGACCUAGAGAUUACUGUACAUCGCAACAGGGCAAAAAAAUACUAUAAUUUUUUCACCGGGAAUUUAUGAACUAUCAUUCAAUCUACGUCAUAGAAGUUAUUACCUGCUUUUUAACAAAUCUAUGUAUGCGGUAUAUAAUAUGAACUGUAUUCUUUCCUUGAAAGUAUAUUAUGUAACACAAAAAAGCCAACUAUUGAACAAUAGCCUGUAGGUCUUUAUGCAGCCUUAGGGCUUUAUUGUCAUUACUUGUAAUUGUAUUGUUUUGCUCUUUACAUUCUAGUGUGGUUAUUUUAAUGUUUUUUGUGUGCAAUAUAAUAUACUGUUAUAUAGAAACUAAAUGUUGUUCCGAAAAAAAUGUAUAUAAUUUGUACAGAUUUGUAGAAAGAAUAUAACUCUUUUCAUCUAACAUCACAUAUAUGUAAAAAAAAAUCAUUUAUCAAUUUUUUUAUGAAUGCAUAUAUUUGUUUUCUGUUUUUGCCGUUAUAUACUGUACUAUCUUAGAAAAGGAAAAGGUUUUGUAUUCCAUCAGAAAACAAUAACAAAACGUUGCAUCUUUGUUCUUGAUUUUACCUUCUACGGAAAUCUGUAUUACAGCCAUUGUCACUGCCUCAAACGUCCAGGAAAAAAAUAUUGCGCCCAAGCAACUGCUCAUACAAAAAAGUGAAUUAAAGAAGAUCUAUAAAUCAAUCAGUCGGGUGUUUCUAGAGUUUCUCAUCAAAGCUAAUGGCCCUAAUGGCCACCCAUACGAAAAGAGAAUGAAAAAAGAUCAAUCAGCCGGGUAUUUUUAGAGCUCCUCAUUGGAGUUAAAAAUUAUACAAAUGGCUAUUCUAUUUUGAUGGAUACAAUGGGAAUCACAUCUAAAAUUUCAAGGUAAAUUUUAUCGUCAUUGUGUAAAAGAUCUUUCAAAACUCAAAUUUUAUGACAAAUUUUGUAUGAUUUGCCCAUGUAUGAUCAUGAUGAUGUCAUAUCGAACUCGUGUACAAAUAAUGGCAAAUAUUUGUCACUUAAAACUUUACAGUGUGUGGACAGAAUUUAAGGUUGUGUAACCUCCAUAAUUUAGCUUUGUGUGUGUAUUCUAGUAUUCACCAGAGAAGUGAUUUAAUAAUUUGGCAGGCUUGAGCUUAGCAAACAGAAGAAGUAGUUAACACAACUCACAAGCGCAAACAGGGUAUUAUAUUAAAAACCUAGCUUGAUUAUGUAUAGCAGAUGCAAACCCCUCCCAACCAGUGUAAUGUUUUUUGGAAUUUAUAAUAUAUUGUGGACAGCCCAAUAUAUCUUGCUUUUUUAUUUAAUUUCAAAUCUACGAAGAACUGCUCUGUCAUUUACAGUACACAAUAAAUAUCUUUGUAUGUUUCAGAUUUUUUUUUUAAUCUACGGAAUCUACUGUACUGAUGUGACUAAACAUUUGAAUUUAAUAUCAACGUAUUCUAAAAUUUAUGAAUUUCAAAUACUUAAGCCAGUUUUACACUAGAAUUAUUUGUGCGAAUUGUGUUCGCCGUGCAUUUUUUUCACUUCGUAAAAAGUAGAAACAGUUUGAACUACUGAUUUCGUUGAAGGUGGAAAACUCCCAAUAGAAAUGGUAAUGCACAUAAAUGCACUUGAAUGCAUUUUUGAUCUAUCAAAUCAAGGGGCCUCCUACCGAUAAAAUUCUUUAAACUUUCCCGAUCAUUUUUUUUUCCAUGUAGAUAAAAUUAUAUAAGACCAUGUAUGACCAAUAGCCAAUGAUUAGAAUGAUGUAUCAAGGAUGUUGACAUUUUGAAAGUAUUAAAGAUAUGGGUUCAUCUCACAUGAGAUCCCAAUAUUUAAAACUAGUUGUAAAAUCGCGAUCAGAGAUUUACACAUCAAUUUGGUAUUUUUUUUUUUUACACAUCAAUUUGGUAUUUAUUUUUGUUUGUUUAAGCCCUGUGCUCACUACCAAAAUUUUAAGUGACAAUAAAUGUGAUGCUCAAAUUUGUCACAUACACUUGAUAAGUGUGGAUGGAGCAGAGAAAUACAUUUAUUCAUCUGUUUUGUGGAUUUUGUAACCAUUGAGGUGGUUUUUACAAAAUAAAUUUCUACAAGAUAAACAAGA